GCGCCGAGUUGGCAGCUGCCCUACAGUCGGUGGGAGGAGGCGAGAAGGGGAGGUGCUGGGGCCAAGAUCAUGCCUUACAGCGAGGGUUUUCUGGGCAGCAGAGGCCGCUGGGGUUGGGAUGAAAGAAGCAGAGCAGAUGCAAAAUCUGGAGAGCGCGGGGGCCAGGCGGUCAGUGAGCACCCAGACUGGCAGCAUGACCGGUCAAACACCAAGACUUUCUAAAGUCAACCUUUUCACUCUGCUCAGUCUCUGGAUGGAGCUGUUUCCAGCAGAAGACCAAAGACAAAAAUCUCAGGAAAAGGAAGAGGGAAAGCAUGGACCUGUAGGAGAUAAUGAAGAGAUGGCCAGAGUAUCUACUGACAAAAAACUGGUGAAGAAAACUGGUCUUGUGGUGGUGAAAAACAUGAAAAUUGUUGGUCUCCACUGUUCUAGUGAAGAUUUACAUGCUGGGAAAAUUGCUCUUAUAAAACAUGGGUCAAGGCUGAAAAACUGUGAUCUGUAUUUUUCCAGAAAACCAUGUUCUGCUUGUUUGAAAAUGAUUGUAAAUGCUGGAGUUAACCGAAUUUCAUAUUGGCCUGCUGAUCCAGAAAUAAGUUUGCUUACUGAGGCUUCUAGUUCUGAAGAUGCAAAGUUAGAUGCUAAAGCAGUGGAAAGAUUGAAGUCAAACAGUCGGGCCCAUGUGUGUGUGUUACUUCAGCCUUUGGUGUGUUAUAUGGUGCAGUUUGUAGAGGAGACUUCUUACAAAUGUGACUUUAUUCAAAAAAUUACAAAAACAUUGCCGGAUGCUAACGUUGACUUUUAUUCUGAAUGUAAACAAGAAAGAAUAAAAGAAUAUGAAAUGUUAUUUUUGGUUUCAAAUGAAGAAAUGCAUAAGCAAAUACUGAUGACGAUAGGUUUGGAGAACCUAUGUGAAAAUCCAUACUUUAGCAAUCUAAGGCAAAACAUGAAAGACCUUGUCCUACUUUUGGCCACAGUAGCUUCCAGUGUGCCCAACUUUAAACACUACGGAUUUUAUUGUGGCAGUACUGAACAGAUUAAUGACAUUCACAAUCAAAGUUUGCCACAAGACAUUGCAAGGCACUGCAUGGUUCAGGCCAGGUUAUUGGCAUAUCGAACUGAGGAUCAUAAAACAGGAGUUGGAGCAGUCAUUUGGGCAGAAGGGAAAUCUCGAAACUGUGAUGGAACAGGUGCCAUGUACUUCGUAGGAUGCGGUUAUAAUGCGUUUCCUGCUGGAUCUGAGUAUGCUGACUUCCCACACAUGGACGACAAACAGAAAGACAGAGAAAUAAGGAAAUUCAGAUACAUCGUACAUGCUGAACAGAAUGCCUUGACAUUUAGGUGUCAAGAAAUAAAACCAGAAGAAAGAAGUAUGAUUUUUGUGACAAAGUGCCCAUGUGAUGAAUGUGUACCUUUAAUUAAAGGUGCAGGCAUAAAACAAAUCUAUGCAGGGGAUGUAGACGUUGGAAAAAAGAAGGCAGACAUCUCUUACAUGAGAUUUGGGGAACUCGAGGGUGUUAGCAAAUUUACAUGGCAGCUGAAUCCAUCAGGAACUUGUGUUCUUGAACAAAAUGAGCCUGAAAGCAGAGAGAAUGGUGUGUUGAGACCUGUACCUCUGGAUGAAGAACAGCACCAGAACAAGAAGUUGCGUCUUGGAAAGCACUGAGUCCUGCCUAAACUAGAGUGAAAGCCUCAAGAAUUUUUAUUGCACUUUUUAAAUUCAGCCUUGUUAACUCAGAAAAUGAGGAUGGAUUUUGUGAAAAAUAGAAAAAAUUUUUUAAGGAAGCUAAUUUAUUACCAGCAUAUGAAUGAUGUUAAUGAGAAUAUUUUUAUUUUAGAUUUAUUUCUGUUUUCUAGAUUGUAGUGGUAUGUUCUUUUAUUACACUAAAUGAGGUAGCAAUAAUUUAAUGAGACCGAUUUAAUCACUCAUAGGAAUUGAUUUCUCCUUCUCUUAGCUUUAUAUUAGCCAGUUUGAAAGGGACAGAGUCACUGGAAGUCACUUCUCAGCAGAGAAUUACACACUUUUUAAGAAAUAGUAAUUCCUUUGGAUUAUGAAGGUGAUAAUUAGUAAACUGCUCCAGGGAAAUAACUGGUGACUUAGCCUUUUUAAGUCAGUGUAUGGCUCACUAAAAGUUCACAUUUAUACCCAAAACUUUUAAUAAUCAGAAUUUACUUAAUUAGAAUUUAAUCAUAAAAUU